CGCUUGAUCCCGGAAGAAGGCACUUGUCUAAAAGAACUAUAAACAGUGGAGGAAUCGGGAAGAACCACAACGGUAGAGUUUUUCUUCGGGAUUAACAUAUAAAGGAACCAUUUAGCUGCUAUUUGACAUUCAAAAGUGAAUCAACUCGCAAUGUGGCCUAACCAAGGUCCUCCAAUGGGUCCCCCUAACCCAGCUCAACCACCUCCAGGCUACCCUGGAAUCCCAAAUCCAGCUCAUCCACCUCCAGGGUACCCUGGAAUCCCAAAUCCUGCAUUCCCCCCUGGGACCGAUCCAGCAUAUCCACCCGGUAUGAACCCUAUGCCUCCUGGACCGGUUCCUCCUGGUGUCCCAGGGCAACCCUAUUUCCCCACUGGCCCAGCUCCCCCACCCUAUGCCCCACAUGGUGGGGCGUACCCAGGGCCUCAUCCACAUCCCAUGGGACCGGCAAUGGGUGGGGCCAUAGCAGGGGGGUUAGCCGGGGCAGGAGUGGCUGUGGCGGGACACAAGAUGCACAAGAAAAUGAAAAAGAAUAAGAAAGGAAAGAAGAAACAUAAAGAACACAAGGCUCAUAAGCACGGCAAGCAUUCCUCAAGCAGCAGCAGCAGCAGUAGCAGCAGCAGUGACUGACUAAAGUUAGGGUCCAACAAAUAGCUGUCAAAAGGGCCCACCUUGUGAAGUAACAUACAACAGAUGAUUGCUAGCUUCACUGAUAUUUGUCCUUUUAAUGCAUUUCAUACUAAACUGUAUUAUUAGUAAAGUAUUAUUAUGUUGUGUCAUUUACAAGGAUUUGCAAAGCAAUUUACUGUAUUAUUUAAUUAUCACACUAAAGAAAAUGUUAGAAUUAAUGAAUAUUUAUCAUGAAAAUCAAUAAUGUAAAGCACAUUGCCUUAAGCUUCUGAUCUUAUUUUUUAUCUGUCAAAGUACUAGAUUAACACUUAAGUAGCACAGCUAUUGGACUUUGCAGUCGAAGAUACACUAAUGUACAAUGUUGCACUGUAUUGUUAUAAGGGUUACAGUAAAACUACAUUCAUGGUAAAUUAUAUGAUUGUUUAUGGUAAAUUAUUCAUCUAGAUGAUAUGAAUGAAAGUGCCUUAUCAUUAAGGUAGAACCUAAGUUAUGGAGUGGUGAAUAAAAUUCUUGUUAAGAUGCUUAAAACCUG